GAGAGAUCUGAGCCACAAAUCUCAUCUGUGAAUCCUGAGCCACGAAAAUAAGUUAAAACCCAAGCGCGCCCUCCACUUCCUGCAACUUGCUUGCUCGCUCUUGUCUUUUCUCCUUCACUCACAAGUCACAAGUGUCGCAAAUCUGCAAGAUAAACACAAACUCAUAAUCUUUUGGUUUUCGACAAGAAAAGGAUACUUCUGAUUCAGAUCUGAACAAAGCAGGUGAAACUAAUCAUGGAUCGUUAUUCGAGAAGGAAUUUAGAGGAUCUCGUUGUGCCUAACUAUCAGGAGACGUCAGAUUCAUACUCAUCUCCUGAUAUGUGGGGUGGAUGGAACAUGAACUCCCAGAAAGCUGCAGAGAAGUGCUUCGAUUUCGAUGUGAUUAACAAUGGCUUCAGCGGAGGAUUAUACAGUCAGAUGGAGAUGGAGAUGGAGAUGGGGACGAGUGGAGAAGUAGAAGACGAAUCAAAGAGGUUAAAUGCGGCUGGUGAUUGUUUCUACCGCCCAACUUCGUCGCUUCAUGAUUUCGAUGGAAUCCAACAGAUGGAUGACAUUUUCUUAAGUUCCAUUUUGGAGGAUGUUCCAGGGAAUGGGAAUCUUCAUUCUUUCAAGGAGUCGGAUAAUAGUAUCAGCCCCGGUUCCUCCUCUGCUGCGUUUCUCGAUGGCCGUGAAGUCCCUAUGUUCCAUUACAACUGGGAAACUUGUCAUGACAUGCCUCUUGUGGAGGAGGAAGAGAAACCGAUGAAGAUCUCGGAUCUGUGUGAGGAGAACACGGAAGAGCCAUCUACAGAAGAAGUUGUGUUGCAGGAUCUACAAAGGGCUACUCAAAAGUCUUGUAACAGACUUAAAUCAUCUUUAAUACAGUUGACUGACGAUGCCCGCAAAUGCUUCCGAGAUACCUUUUACCGGCUUGCGAAGAACUCGCAACAGAAGUCGGAACCAGGCAACACCAACUUGGAGGAGUUCCUUGAGGAUAUAACCAGUGGUGACAGAAGUCAGAAGAUUGAGUUGGAAACAAACUCAAUCGACAGAGCAGUCGCCAACCUCACAUUCAACAAGAUGGAAUCCAACAUGAGAAAUUUGCCUGCACCAAAGCGAAUGUCUUCUCUUCAAGGAUAAUUGUAAAAAUUACAAAACAAGCCUCAUCAUCUGUCUUCUCUGAAAAAUACCAUGUGUAUAUAUAUAUAUGUGCGCGUGUAUGUGCUUUGGAUUGACUUUCCAAGCUUCAGUUUUGAUCUGUUUCAAUACACUCCGAUCAGCUUCGUUGACUCUGUUCCUGUAUUUCAUGGUAUUGAUAUUUACCGUGUGAAUCUGUGAAAGU